AUGCAAUCGAUCAACGUUCAGACACCUUCAUUCUCUAAAAAUAACAAAGCCACACCACCUAAUCCUAAAAAGACAAAACUUGAAUUUGAUUAUACACCUAGUCCCGAUGGUAUUGACUUUAAUCUUUUGAUCUUGCUUCAUGGAUUAGGGGACUCAAAGACACCUUUUGAACGCCUUGGCCAACAACUCAAACUGCCACAAACAGCUACCCUUUCUGUUCAAGCGCCUGAGCCAGUGCCUUAUUUAGACGGUUGCUUUCAGUGGUUUCCUAGUUUUGAUUUCUUGACAGGCGAUUUACUGACACCUGCUAAUCCUGAACGUUUAAAGGGCUUGAUACGUACACGGCAAUUACUCGAUGAACUAUUGCAUCAUUUGGUUCAUGAUUGUGGAUUCCAACCACCCAAUAUUUUCUUUUUCGGUUUCUCUCAAGGUGGUACGGUUGCCUUGGAUUCUAUUGCUUUUGGUAAAAUCCGAAAUUUAGGUGGUGUAGUAAGUAUCAGUGGAUAUUUACUCGAAGAACAACGCGUGGAUCAAACAAUUGGUGAUGGGUAUGCAGGAUACAUUCUGAUCACACAAGGCGAAAAAGAUAAGACGAUUGGCAGUAAAUUAGAAGCUGAAAAAAGAUUUAAAGCAGUGCAAAGACAAUGUGCUUCCUCUGCAGAAGUGUCCCACAUCUUUAUUUCCAACAAAGAUCAUACCAUGCCUGCAUCAGAAAGAGAAUGGAGGCUUAUCCAUACAUUCUUUGGCAAGAACAUGCCUAGAAGAAACAUUGAAUUGGAAAACAUGUCUGAUGUUUAUUUAGUUAAUCCUCAAUAA